AUGGCUGGAGAACAACCUUCCGAACAGCCUACGGCCAAGCCUGUGGCAUCAGAAUCUGACAACAUGGAACGUUUUGCUGAACACGUCAGCGAGCGGAAGAGAUGGCGUAACCUGUGGGGUCAGUACGUGGACGAGCAGUCACGCAAGAGGAGUGACGGAGAGAAGGCUGUUCAUAUACCAGAUCUUUCUGAGUCUACCAACUCGAAAGGAACGCAGACCGAUGAUACGCCAUAUGUCAAAGGGCCGGACGUUGAUGGAAGCACGAUAAUGGAUGGCACCACGAAAGUUGAUGGCUCCACUGGAAUUGAUGACAAGAACGUGGAAGGAGAGAGCAUGAAGCUGGUAAACGAGGAUGGAGAUGAAGAUGGGUUCGUUAAGACGCCUUGCGUUUGUGGUGUACCCGAGGAGCAGGAUAAUAUGGACUUGUACGAGCCGUAA